AUGCCCCACGCCGCUGAAGACUAUCUCUUCUUCUGGAAGCCCGAGCAAGAACACGGCUGGGCCUCGCAGUGGUACCCAAGCACCUUUGUAGACGAAAAAGGCAUCACAUACCCGACUGCAGAGCACUACAUGAUGUACCAAAAGGCCAUCCUCUUCUCCGAUCCAAACCCACAGAUCCUCGAGGCCACAGACCCAAAGACCGUCAAGCAGCUUGGACGCGCCAUUCACAAUUUCACAGACGAAGUCUGGAACGCACACCGCUCAGAGAUUGUCAUCCGCGGCAAUAUGCUCAAGUUUGGCCAGAACCAGGAUCUCAGGCAGCAACUCCUCGCCACCGGUGACAAGGUCCUCGUCGAGGCAUCCCCGCUGGACAAGAUCUGGGGUAUCGGUAAAGGAAAAGAAAGAGCCUUGGACGAUAAGAGCAGCUGGGGUCUCAAUCUCCUCGGACUUGCCCUCAUGGAUGUUCGAAAGCAACUUAGAGAAAAGGAGGACGCUAGUCGGCUCUAA